UUUAUUAACAACUCUUUGCCGAGGAUCAAAGUCAGUAUCUCAUGACUUGUUCAGAUCUAACUUAGGUGAUGCUAUUGAAAAAGCUUUAAAAGGUGAUGAGUGGUGUUGUUUGGACACUAUGCGUUUAGUUGAUUUAUUAUUAGUAUUACUCCUUGAGGGACGUGAUGCAGUAUCUUGGAGUACAGUGGCUUGUUCUAGUACUAAUCCUUUAUUACCAAAACUGCGACGUUUAGAUUCUAGUGCUGAAAAAUCUCAACGUCAUUUAAUUGAUUGUAUUAGAAGUAAAGACACGGAAGCAUUGAUGGAAGCUGUUAAUUCUGGAGCUAUUGAUGUGAACUUUGUGGAUGAAGUGGGACAAACUUUAUUAAAUUGGGCUUCUGCAUUUGGUACUCAAGAAAUGGUUGAAUAUUUAUGUUCAAAAAAUGCUGAUGUUAAUAAAGGUCUUAGAUCAUCAUCUUUGCAUUAUGCUGCAUGUUUUGGACGUCCAUCUAUAGCCAAAAUACUUUUAAAAAAUGGUGCUAAUCCGGAAUUACGUGAUGAAGAAGGAAAAACACCACUAGAUAAAGCAAGAGAGCGAAUGGAUGAAGGUCAUCGUGAAGUUGCUACAAUAUUAGAAUCUCCAGAGUGGUUAAUGUCUUCUAAAAAUGAGUCUGGUCAAUCUAAUGAGCCAAAAGAACCAAAAGGUGAUCCAGAAAUGGCUGCAAUAUAUCUUAAAAGAUUAAUGCCUAUAUUUUGUCACACCUUCCAAUCAACUAUGCUUCCUUCUCUUAGGAGAACUUCUUUGUCAAUAAUUAAAAAAAUGGUUCAUUAUAUCAAACCAGAAUGGUUAGAAGAUAUAUGUAAGCCUGAAUGUCCAACUAAUUUGGCUCCAUUAUUGGUUGACGUUCUUGCAACAGUGCUUGAUAAUGAAGAUAAGACUUGGCUGAUAUUCUGUGAUAUGAGUGGCGAGAGUGAGAGAUACUUGCCUCGUAAGCUCUACAAGAUGUUAAUUGUUAAAAAAAAUUAUAAAUCUUUGAUGGAAGAUGAUGAUGGUCAUGUUAUAGCACUACAAACAAUUCAUGAUCUUCUAAUGAAAUGUCAAGGUAUAUUUCUUGACCAUUUUGCUCGAUUGGGUGUUUUUUGUAAAGUGCAGCAACUAAUUGGUCCUGAAUCUAAUUAUUCUAAAGAAAGCAUUCAAAAAAGUGACAUCAAACAACUAAAUUAUCAAAUUGAUGAUUCUAAAGAAAUAUUAUCAGGACAUGCAUAUCAUUGGAAAGAUUGGUUUUUUUGUCGUGGCCGUGAUUGCCUUUAUGCAUGGAAUGAAUAUGUUGUAUUAGAAUUAUCAAAUGGAAGUAAUGGAUGGUUUAGAUUUAUGAUAAAUGAUAAAUUAUCAACCAUGUAUUCUAGUGGAAGUCCAGAAGGUCAACUGGAUACUACUAAAACUCGAGCAGCUGAUCCUCCCUCUUCUGAUGAAAAUAAAGCUGAGUUUAUUGAAAAAUAUUUGAAGGCUAAAGUUUUUGUAAAAUUGAAUACUCUAAGUCAGCCAAUCUUAAGCUCACCAGGAAUUAACAGAAUAGCUGUUGGCAACUGGAUACUUAUUUCAAAAAAAGAAAAUGAACUAAGCAUUCAAAAUUCUGAUGGUUUGCAGCAAAUUACUACACUAAAUAAUGGAAUAAAAGGUUUUUCAUUUCAAUCUAACCGAGGAAAUCAACAUAUGUUCACUGCUGCAGUUCCAUUAAAAAGUGAUUUUACUUCUGGUUGGGAAACUGUUAAAAAAGCUAAUGUAGUAUCAACUAAAUCUGAAACAAUUGGUCAAAAGAUACGAAAACAAGCUCAAGAAAUAUAUGAUAAAUUCUUCAAAGCAGCUCAAGCUCAACCAAGAGGUGUUGUUGCUAAGCUCAGGAAAAUUGUUUCUUCAAUUGAAUAUUGUUUAAAUAAUCAAACUACUGCUGAUAAAGAUCCUUUGAAUAAUGAACACUGGACAAUCACAUUUUACAAUGCAAUAUUAAAUUUGAAACAGUUAUUAAUGGAGGAUGAAGGUAGUGUUUCUGCUUAUGAAAUAUAUAGUAGCGGGCUUGUAGAAGUUUUAUUACAACUUCUUUCACAAAAUAACCAACAUAACACUGAUGUUAUGAUUAAAGAUUUGCAUAAAUUAAGAAUUGAUAUUUUUAUCAAAUGUUUUAAAGAGAAAAAAAAUGAUAAAAGUAAUGAAACUUGUGCUUCUGUCUUGGUUCAAAAAUUAAUAUCAGUUUUAGAAUCCAUUGAACGUUUGCCAGUUUAUUUAUAUGAAUCACCUGGAGCAUUCCAUGGUUUACAGAUUUUCUCAAGACGAGUUAGAUUCCGUCUAGAAAAAGCUCUUAAAGAAACAACACUAGUAGAUCGUUCUGGUAGAGGAUUACGUAUGGAACCUUUAACUACAGUACAACAACUUGAAAAACAUUUAUUAAAAAUGGUUGCAAAACAGUGGUAUGAUCAUGAACGCUCUACGUUUAAUUAUGUGAAAAAAUUAAAAGAUAAAAGUAAUCUACCAAUAAAGUUCAAACAUUACUAUGAUUUUGAUAAAAAUGGAAUUAUAUAUUGGGUUGGAACUAAUGGAAAAACAUCAAUUGAUUGGGUAAAUCCUGGGCAAUAUGGCCUUAUGUUAGUUCAAUCAUCUGAUGGACGCAAUUUACCUUAUGGACAAAUUGAAGAUAUUCUUAGCCGAGAUUCUGUUGCAAUAAAUUGUCAUACAAAUGAUGAUUCAAAAGCUUGGUUCUCAAUAGAUUUAGGAUUAUGGGUUAUACCAACUGACUAUACACUUAGACAUGCUAGAGGGUAUGGCCGAUCAGCUCUGAGGAACUGGUUAUUUCAGAUGUCAAAAGAUGGAACCAAUUGGACAACAUUAUAUACACAUAUGGAUGAUACAGCAUUGAACGAACCUGGUAAUACUGCUACAUGGUCAAUAGAAAUAAAUGAUAAAGAUGAAAAUCAAGGUUGGCGAUAUAUCAGAAUUCAACAAAAUGGGAAAAAUGCUUCUGGGCAAACUCAUUACCUUUCAUUGUCAGGAUUUGAAAUUUAUGGAAUUGUAACUGGUGUUUGUGAAGACUUAGGUAAAGCUGCUAAAGAAGCUGAAGCUAAUCUAAAACGUCAACGCCGAUUAUUUAAAGCCCAAAUGUGUAAACAAAUGAUAUCGGGAGCUAGAGUUAUGCGUGGUUUAGAUUGGAAAUGGAGAGAUCAAGAUGGUAUCCCACCAUGUGUUGGAACAGUUACAGGAGAUUUACACAAUGGUUGGAUAGAUGUAAUAUGGGAUCAUGGCGUAACAAAUUCAUACAGAAUGGGUGCUGAAGGGAAAUUUGAUCUACGGCUAGUUGGUGAAACCCAAACUACAUUAACCUCAAAAUUUAAAUGCAGUAGUCCUAACGCUACAUUUUCUAACAUUAUGACAAGAAUGUCAACAUCAACUCCUAGUCUACCAGAAGCAUCUAAUGAUAGUUUAAAUACCAGUGUAUCAGUAGCUAGCACAGACCAAUCAGCAUCAGCAGAUAACUUGGCAGCCAAAAUUCAGUGGAGAGUCGUCCAGGUUCGACCCAUGAACUCUAUGACUCUUGAACGAGUACCUGACUCCUACUGGCGCGUCGCCUCAGGCGGCGGCGGCCGUAGGCCCAAUGCAUUGAAAAAGGCUGAGCAAGCAUCGAAUGUUCUAGAAGGACUAGAUGCUUGCCUGGCAGCAAAAAGCCAGUUCACAACACUAUCAACAACUUCAUCUAUUUAG